AGGAGAUCCACCAGUACAACCCAUGAUGUAAUUCUAGAUAUGGCACCACCUCGCAGAACCACAUGGGGGCGACAAAGCAACAGUUUGUUCAAGGCGCGCGGAUGACGCGAUGAGACAAAUGUCAGGUAGUGUAGCAGCCAAGCCGUGGCUGCAGGAGCGUUUAGCAGAAUGUUGCACUCCAAGGGGGAGUAGUAGCGUAGCAAUCUGCCCCUAUCGCUCCGAUUCUGUUCCGUUGUUUCCUUUUGUGAAGGAGAGGAUCGUGUCUAACUUCAACAAAUCUUGGGGAAAAAGUGAGAAAUAAUGCAAACCAAAUAUGUCGUUAUCGUCUGAAAUGGAGAAGAAUUCAACAGAAGAUGACUGCGGGGAUUCAGGAGCAGAGACCGGAGGGUCUGAUUACAGUCCCAUGUCUUCAGCCAGCAGUCAGUUAUCUAUGGUGGAGCUUCAGGACCCGUUCUUGGUCAGUGUCCACCUCAUCACCGACCCGGGUCAGGCCAGGUCCUUACAGCGAGCCGCCGACUCCGUCCUGGCCUGCAUCCACCCAGAACUGCAGCUCUUCCGGGUCUCUGAGAGAUCCGCCUGGCAACAGAAGACCAAGCGCCAAUCAUGCCACGCUUCGGCCUCUUUCCCGGCCAAUCACGGGCCACCGCAGUGCCAGCCAUCGCUGGCCAUCAUCCUCUUCCUGCAGGAGCAGUACGGCGGCGAGGAGCAGAUCGUGGCGCUGCACCGCGUCCUCCAGCGACCCCCGUGGCGCUUCCACCACACCGAGCGGGUCAACAACGGCCGCCGAAUGCUCCCGCUGACCCCCUGCAGCCAGGACUUCUACAUCCUGGCCCCGGGCACCCCGCUGUGGGCGCUGCGCCAGGUGCAUUAUGGGAAGGAGAUCGUACGCUUCACUGUGUACUGCCGCUACGAGAGCUUCGGCGACAUGGUGUGUCUGUACCGACUCAUUCUGCAGCGCCGGCUGGCCCAGAAGAAGGAGGACUUCUGCUUCUUCGUGGUGUACUCCAACCCGGACACCGAGAUCCAGCUGUCAUUCAAGCGCCUGCCGAAGGGCCAGAGCCCCGUCCCCACGGACUCAGCGGUGAUGGAGGUGAGGGUGAAGGACGUCGGCGCGUUGGUGCCCCUCCUGCCCCACCCCUGUACACCCAUCAGCGAGGUGCGCUGGCAGACGGAGGACUACGACGGAAACAAGAUACUGCUGCAGGUCCUGGGCACCCGCUACAAGCGCCGGCACAUUUUUGACCAGCCGGGAGACUCCUCCCCGACCCACUCGCCCCAAGCCACCGACCCAGCCGCCACCCUGCCUCCGGUGGGCACAUACGGUCGCGGGCCGGCCUCCUACAGAAAUCGGCGCUACCACCGCAACUGUUCCCGGACCCAGACCCUGCCCUUGCCCCAGAGCCAGAGGAGCCACGCCUCUCAGACCUCCUUGUCCCAGGUCUGCCAGGAGGAGGAUGAGGAGGAAAUGGAGAUGGGGGCUCGUUCUAAGUCCUGGUGGACCGGUCGUUCACGCUCCCUGUACUCCUUGCCGAGCCAGGCAGGCUUCGGCAUCUCCCGCUCUGCCUGCUCCUCCCCCGGCCCCUCCCCCGGCCCCUCCCCCGGCCCCUCCCCCGGCCCCUCCCCCGGCCCCACCCGUCACCGAAGCAAUUCGCUGAUCCCUCCUUUCCGCCUCAACGUGGACGCUCUGAUUGGUGCCGAGGAGACGGACGUGGACACUGGGAUAAAGGUGGACACGGGCAGCAUCGUGGACCUCUCCGUGGUGUCGGCGUACUCCAGGAGACCCCCUCCACCACGCCCCCUCUCCGCACCGCCGAGGGACUUACCCCCCUCCCCCUCCCGCGGCGAUGUCAGGCCCAAGGCCUCAACGUUGGGCCGGCCCCCUGUUCCCGUGAGAACCAGCAGCCUGACGUCGAACCAGCCGCGGCCACGCCCCCACAGUGCCAUCCUGCCCCCGUGUUGCCAGCCGUCCUUGAGUGACGCUACCCCCGGAAAAUCGAACAGCUCCACCUCCAUUAACGGGGUGGGGAUUCGGGAAAGCUCUGUCCAGGAGGGUGGGGCAGAGGAGGAGGAGGACCAGGAGUUCUACAUCUGACCAGUCGGUGGCGCUAGAGAGACACACAAGCCGGCAGGCAGGGACAGGGAUGCUGACAACACAGCUCUGUCCUGCCCCCUGGGGGCUACAGGAGGAAGUGCAGAGGACUGUGGCACUGUUGAGAGAGACACUUUGUUUAACACUUUAUAUACUCUAGUACUUCUCUGUGUGCGUUUCUACAACAGUAUAUUUGGUAUUUGUAUAUGGUGUACGGUUUAGGACAAGUGUUGUAUGUUAUUUAAUCAAGCUGUCGUAUAAAUGCGCAGCGCUUACUGAGAUAAUUUACAAAACACAUCAGAGUCUGACUGUUCAAAUAUGUCAUAGCAGAUGAUUUACAACAGCUUUUAUGAAACCAGAACUAAGGGAGAUAACUUUAACCGGAACUGUAUCUAUAAGGAGUAGUUUUUUUAGGUUUCCACAUCAUGCAUUGACAUGACACUACAAAAUGAAAUAGUGUAAAUAUUCUAUUUCACUGAAUCACUAGAAUUAGAAAAAUAUUCAGAAUUCUAAAUGGUGUCAGAACCCUCCAAAUAUGUUA